AUGGAGCAUUGGACGAACAUACAAAACAAAAUCACUGCUAAUAUUCAUCAAUCUAAUUUGCCAAAAUUUUCAAUUAGUUUAGAUCUUACUCCUAGACCAAAUUCAUCAGCAUUAAAUGUUGAUCGUAGUUUAAUUUCUAUGGACAAUCUUUAUUCAUCAAAUAAACAUAUUGGUCAAUCAUUUUCAGGUUUUGAUAAUAUUUCUAUAACUGAUAGGAAAUAUUCUGAUCCGGAAUUUCUACCUAUACCUGAAAGUAUUACACAAGACAAUGAAAGAACAUCGUUGGAUGAUCUUCAAUAUGGAACAUAUGUAACACGAUGGCUACGUCCUGAACAAAUUCGAUGGUCUAAGGAAGCUCAACAAUAUUCAUUAUCUGUAUUCAAUCAACCACAUUCAAAAGAUAUAAAUCAAGGUCGUCUUGGUGAUUGUUGGUUUGUUUCUGCAUUAUCAUUAAUUGCUGAAAUACCACAAAUAUUAUAUAAAGUUAUGAUCACAAAACAAUAUAAUCCAGUUGGUCUUUAUAAAAUUCGUUUAUGUAAUCGCGGGAUUUGGCAAGUUGUUACUAUCGAUGACAUGUUACCUGUAACAGAAACAAAUUCACUUGUCUUCACACGAAGCCAGAAAAAACAAUUGUUUGCAUCAUUAAUUGAGAAAGCAUUAGCAAAAUUGCACGGAAGUUAUAAGGCUCUUGAAUCUGGAAGAUGCGUGGAAGGUUUACAAACAUUAACAGGUAAACCAUGUGAAGUAUUUUUAUUACAUUUAACUGAUCCGAAAAAGAAACCAAAUCUUAAUCAUAUAUGGACUAAAAUAAUUCAAUCAAAAGCGAAAGGAUAUCUUAUGACAUGUUUAGCUUCGAAUAACCAACUUAAUGGAGAACUUUUUCAUCGAAUGGGUCUGGAGUUAGAUCAUGCCUAUAGUAUUAUUGAUGCGCGGCAAGUUGGUUCGCAAAGACUUGUUCGUUUACGUAAUCCAUGGGGUAAAAAAGAAUUGAAUACUUCACUCAGUGAUAAAUGGCCAAGAAUUCUUAACGAAAAAUUUGUUACAUCUUCCAAUAACGAUGGCGUUUUCUGGAUGUCUUUGGAAGAAAUAUCUUCGCUCUUCAGCGAAGUUACUAUUUGUAAGAUCAGUGGAAAUGAACAUGAAGUUCGUAAAACAGGUCAAUUUAGUGAUUUUUCUUCUAAAAUAACAUCGGCAUAUAGUCUUCAUUGUCCGAAUGGAGGUGAAAUCGACAUUGAAUUAUUUAAUGCAACCGAUGCAAAAUAUAAUAAUCGUUUAACAAAUUUCGAUAUUGAUCUUUUCUUAAUUGUACUCAGUUCAAAUGGCUCUUGCCAAGCAUAUAAACAUAGCCUUGAUUAUUAUACAACAUUAUCAACAACAGUACCACCUGGUCGAUAUAUUAUUUUAGCUGGUUCAAUGUCAGCAAUUAAUUAUUCGAUCUGUUCAAAAUAUACUUUAGUUGUGCAUGGUGAUCAACCAUUUGUUGUUAAUGAACAACCAUCAUCAUAUGAAUUAGUUUGUAAUGCAUUUCAUGCAGUUGCUCUUCGAGCUAAUAAUCGAAAAGAUUUUGAAGAUGGCGUGUCGAUUUUAACAUUUAAUGAUAAUGGAGGUUUUGGUUUUAUUUGUGAAAAUAAAUCUAAUCGAACAAUUCGUUUUACAACUGAUUUUCAAGGAUCAAUCAAUGUUGUAUCUUCUCGAAAAACGUUUCAUAUGGUUGAUGUAAUUCCAGCUAAAACAAAGCAGCUUUUUGCGUUCUUUACACGAAAAAUGCUUUCUGAAGAUGUAAACAUUGUAUAUCAGGUAGAAUAUCAGGAUGUUAAUCAUAUUGGUGCAAGAAAUAAUCCACCUAUACCUUCUGCAGCUUUCGGUCUUCAUACGCUGAAACCUGUUCAUUGA